CUGAAAGCAGCGUGUAGGACAACCCCUUCACACCCGUGACGUCAAUUGUAUCCGACGCGAAUACAAAUCGUGCUUUGAGAAUCGGAUCGGAUAUAACAUACGUGCGGAGGAUGAACCCAACACCUGUGUGGCUGCUGGUUCUAUCCAUCUGUGCUGGGGUCUGGUCAGUGCCUAUAGAUCGCAAUGGAGACAACCAGGAAACUAAAGAGGAAGUGCCGGAAGAGAACGUGGACACUGGCCUGUACUACGACAGGUAUCUCAGAGAAGUGAUAGAGGUUUUGGAGACAGACCCUCACUUCAGGGAGAAACUGCAAACAGCGAACACAGAGGACAUCAAGAAUGGUCGUCUCAGUAAAGAGCUGGAUCUGGUGGGUCACCAUGUGAGGACUCGUCUGGAUGAGCUGAAGCGUCAGGAGGUUUCUCGCCUCAGGAUGCUGCUCAAGGCCAAACUGGACAGCACCAAUACACAAAGCCUGCAGAUGGACCACAGCUCGCUACUCAAGCAGUUUGAACAUCUGGAUCCCCACAAUCAAAACACCUUCGAGGCCAAAGACCUUGAGCUGCUAAUCACAACGGCCACCAAGGACCUGGAGAACUACGACGCCGAGAGACACGAGGAGUUUAAACGCUACGAGAUGCUGAAGGAGCACGAGAGACGGGAGUACCUGAAGGGCCUGGACCAGGAGAAGAGGGAGAAAGAGGAGAAGAGAAUGCAGGAGCUCAAGGAAAAACACCACCAGCACCCCAAAGUCAAUGCUCCAGGUAGUGUUGCUCAGCUACGGGAAGUUUGGGAGGAGACGGACGGACUGGAUCCUAAGGAGUUCAACCCUAAAACAUUUUUUAAACUGCAUGGUGAGUGGCGCCUCUUCUUUUCAUUCCUGUCCUUUUCCAUGAUAAGAAAAACAUUCUUAUUUCUCCUCCGCCCUGUUUUAGAUACAAAUGAAGAUGCUGUUUUAGAUGAGCAGGAAUUGGAGGCUCUUUUCACUAAAGAGCUGGAGAAGGUCUACGACGCAAAGAAUGAGGAAGAUGAUAUGACAGAGAUGGAGGAAGAAAGGCUGAGGAUGAGGGAGCAUGUCAUGAAGAAUGUGGACGCAAAUCAAGAUCGUCUCGUCAGCUUGGAAGAGUUCCUUAAAUCCACGGAGAAGAAGGAGUUCAGUAAUCCCAGGGAGUGGGAGACUUUGGAAACUAAACCGGCGUACACAGAGGAAGAGCUCCAGCUAUUUGAGGUGGAACUCAAGGACAAAGAGGAGGAGCUGAAGAGGAAGGCAGAGAACCUGCAGCAGCAGCAGGACCUGCUGAAGGAGAGAGGCAAAGCCCUGGAGGCGCAGAGGAGGGAGUACCAGCAGGCUGUAUUAGAGAUGUCCCAGAGAAAGGAACAGCAGGCAGCCGACGGGCAGCCCCCGGCGGGUCCUAAUGGAGAACUUCAAUUUCAACCAGAGGCCCCAAAAGUGGAAGAUAAAGAUGUAAAAGCCCCAGCUGAACUCCAAGGCGAGGCCCCGAAUCAUCUGCCUGCAGAGCCUCCACAGAAUCUGCCUAUACACACUUAAUGGACACUGACAGCCUUAUUUAACACACACACACACACACACACACACACACAAACACACUCCGAUUUGCACUGACACAGAUAUCCAGAUGGGUUCUACAAACUGAAUUAUGUGAACUGUAUGUAAAUUCAGACUUGCCUUGUGAAUCAUGACAUAUCGUACUGUGUGUUCAUCUCUGUGGUCUACAUUAGAUUUCAAGAUCUAAAAAAACAAUAUAUGUAUAUUCAGAAAUCUUCAGUUUCUGAUGACUUUUAAUUAAAGCAGGGUCCUAAGUGUAAUGUCAAAAAUCUUCAAAUAAAGUCUUAUUUAAAGCCUCUAAACCA